AUGCCCCGUGUCGCAAAUAAGGUGCAUCGCCGUUCCAACGGCAAUUCGACCCCUCACAAGAACUCUCCAGUCAAGAUACCCCUCAACGAUGAUGAAGGAGAAAAGGCAGCGCGCAUGGAAGCUCGUCAAGCGCUCCAUGAUCGUCAAAUGAGUCAGAUUAAAGCCGCAGUCAAGACGCCUAUGCCACCCCGUCGAUUUACUACAUACGACCGUGAAGGAAGUGACAGCCCUGCGACUCCACGAGGAUCCGGUCAUCGUGGUCGGACUAGUGGCCGUACUAGCGAUGUGAACGGCCGUGCAGUGGAUGCCAACGGUCGCGCAGUGACGCCCAUGAAGCGUGUGCCAAUUUUGGCGAACUUCGAAGAGUGGAUGAAGAUGGCGACUGAUAACAAGAUUAAUGCGAACAACUCCUGGAACUUUGCGCUUAUUGAUUACUUUCACGAUAUGUCUUUACUUAAGGAAGGAGAUGGUGUGAACUUUCAGAAAGCUAGUUGCACCCUUGAUGGCUGUGUUAAGAUCUACACCAGUCGAGUGGACAGUGUCGCAACAGAGACAGGAAAACUUUUGAGUGGUUUGGCUGAUAGCCGCGAUAAGAGAGGCCGCGGAGAAGAGGAGGCAGAAGACGGUGAAGAUGACGAGGAAGGCGAAGAUGGGCAGCCCCGAAAGUCGCGCAAGAAGAAUCGUUCCCACGAGGCCACUCUCGCCCCAUCAUUUGCAUCCCUACAAUUGAAGAAGUUCGAACUCGAGUUUGCUGUAGACCCAUUGUUCAAGAAGGCGUCGGCAGACUUUGAUGAAGGAGGCGCGAAAGGAUUGCUUCUGAAUCACCUCGCCAUCGAUGGCCAUGGACGGAUUGUGUUUGAUAGCAGUGACGAUGCUGUGGAUGAUAGCGCCAAGACAGCCGAAGAUGACCGUCAAGAUUCCGCAGAUCCCGACCAAAAACAUGAAGACCAAUCGAAAUCAACCCAGCAGCCCGCGAGCGAUACAUUUGAAGAUAACAAGGAGAUUGAUCUCGGUUCACUGGCAAGCCAGUUCUUCCCAGAUUUGGAUCGCCUCGACGAACAAGACAUCUGUCCUUCGCUCAAGAACCUCGACCUGGGUGAUCCUAGCGGAUCGCUGGAUCUUCCUCUCCUCAAAGCGCCAGAGGACUGGCGUCAAGACAAGCUGAAUGAAGAGGGACGAGCACCUGACGACCCGUCUGGCAUCAUGCUUGAUGACGAUAAUGCGGUCGGAUUUGACGACGAUGAUGAUGGUCUGGCUGGCUUCGAUCUCAGUGACGACGCUGGGUUCGGUGGUGGAGGAGAGGCCUGGGCCCGAGAAGCUGCCUUGGAGCCAAUGCUGAAUGUUCACCGCGUUGCUCACGCCGCAGGCGAUGAUGGAGAGGGCGAGGAUGGCGAUGAAGAUUCAUAUGCCGUCUCCAUGUCCCAUCAACCUAACAACCAUGACCACGAGAACAUUCUCAGCUACUUUGAUAAUGCGCUACAGAAGAAUUGGGCUGGCCCAGAACACUGGAAGAUUCGGAGAAUCAAAGACCACGCAACAGCUGCUACUUCGGCCCCCAAGCCGCGCAAGGAGAAGGAGCCAUUCGAGAUUGAUUUCGCGGCGCCUCUGGACCCUGCCAUCGCUGAAUUGAUUUACACCCCUGCAAGUUCCAAUUCCGCUGUUUCAUUACCAAAGACACAAUGGAAGACCAAGGGACGCAACCUGCUUCCCGAUGAUAAGCACUUCAAUUCCCGCAAUCUUCUUACCUUGUUCCUCAAACCAAAGGCCAAGCUUGGCUCAAAGAAAAUUCUCGGCAAACGCCGUCGGCAAGAUUUAACAGCUGGAAACGGCGACAUGGACGAGGCAUUCUGGGCUAACCAUAAGCCGGAAGAAAAUACCGGCGAGGAAGGUGCCGCUGGUGCCUAUGAUGCCAACUUCUUCGCUGAUGACGAUGGCCUUGCUUUCCCCAAUGGCAUGGAUCUCGAUGACGAUGAUGACAAUCUGCCAUUUGCGGAUGCCCGGGAGAUGUUGUCUCCACCAGCAGACGGUGCCACAGGCCCUUCAUCCGGCGAAGCAGGUGGACAAACUGGGCUCAGUGCGCUCCUGAACAUGGUCGGCGCCACACCCAGCAAAGGAGGUUACGGCUCACAAUUAGUAACACAAGGUGGCCGUCGCGCAAGACCCGACUAUGUGGCAUACGCACGCGUGGCGAAGAAGGUUGACGUCCGACGCCUCAAAACAGAGAUGUGGAAGAGCAUGGGCGAGCGCUUAGUCGAUGCCGUUGAGUUCGCCUCAGCUUCCCAGCCGGGCGCUGUGUCUAGCGAGGCCCCAACAGAGCCUGAGAGUGAAGUGGAUCCCGAUGUGCCAUCAACACCCAAGGCCCAUAGCCCUCAGCAGUCUGCCGAUAGCAAGGACUCUGGCCGGCUUAGGUUCACCCAGAUCAUGAACUCCCUCAAGGGUGCCUAUCCCGCUGAGACAUUACGGGACAUCAGUACCUCGUUCGGGUUCAUCUGUCUCCUCCAUCUUGCCAACGAGCAAGGUCUUGUCCUUGAAAGUGAUCUCAGUAAGGUGGGUGCUGAUGCAGCUACCCUGGAAGAGAUCUUCGUUUCUAGGGAUGUGCACGCUAUCCUCGAAGAAGGUGGUGGAAUGUAA